AUGCCUUUGCUUCCUUUAAAGGCAUUGGGGGCCCCCCACCUUUGCUGCUACUGCAGGGCCUCCUCUAUUCUCUCAUCUAGAAGCAGGGGCCCCCUGGUGUUGUCUCUAUGUGGGGGGCCCCCCGGUAGUUGUUUAUCGAAGGCAAGUGCUAGUAGAGGGGGCCCCCAGGGGCCCCCCUUUCCUCGUUCAUACGAACCCCCACUAGAACCUUCUUUAGGGGCCCCUAUGAGGGGCCCCCUUCCCUUCUCUUACGUUCCUCUUAAGGCUGAAGCUGGGGGCCUCCUCUGUAUAAACAGGGGGAGCCCCCCUAUAAACUCAAUCCUCGCAGAUAGGGGCCCCCUUCAGAGAGCAGCAAAAUCAGAUAUAGCGCAGCUGCCGCCCUGGCGCCGCUGGCAGCCAAAGCGGAGGCCCCGAUGGAUCUACGGCACUAUGGGGGCCCCUGGGGGGGCCCCUGGGGCCCCCGGGGGCCCCCAUAGUGGGGGCCUAGAGGAGUUAUUGAGAGCAGCAACUGUCUCCUUCUUGCUAAAGGUGCAACCCCUGAUUGGGGGGCCCCUACCUGGGGGCCCCCCAACCAAGGAGUGUCUUAAGGAGACAUCUUUUAAGAGUAAGGAUGAAGAGGAGGCCCUGGAAAUCCUUUGGGGGGCCCUCCAAGGGUAUUCAUUUGCUGUGGGGCCCCCAGGGGGCCCCCAUGGGCCCUCGUUUAGCAACAAUUUUGUGUUUGUUAAGCCCCAGAGGGGAGAGAGGGGCCCCCCCUUGGCUGUGCCACGCCUUGCUUCUCUCGUUGCUGCUGCAGGCCCCCGUAUAGGGGCCCCCGUCCCUGGGGGGGGCCCCACAGCAGCAGAAGAAGAGGCUCUUGCAGCAGCAGUUGAGUUUGUUUCAGAGGUGUUUCCCUUCCUUGCAGACUUCUGGGGAUCGGGCGAUCCCAGGGCGGUUGCUGCUGUCUUGCUGCAGGAGAUAGAGGAGUUGCUGCCGCUGCUAGAGGCCCCGGGGGCCCCCCAGGGGCCCCUCAGGGCCUCCCAGCUGCUGCUAGCCCUGGGGGCCCCCUGUGGGGAAGCAGCAAGCGAACCCAAACCCUUGCUGCCCCCCCAUCUCAAACUCUACAAGGUGCAGCAGCAGCAACGCCGCCUGCUGCUGCUGCUGCAGCAGCACCGCAACACCCUGCAGCGCCUUAUGGAAGUGGUGCUGCUGCCGCGCGCACCCCCCUGCAGCAGCAGCAGCAGCAGCAACAGCAGCAGCAGCAGCGGGGGUGUGCAUGCAGCAUCCCUUGUGCCUUUGUUGCAGUUAUAUUUCCAAGCGGGGCUGCAGUCUCCUGCUGCUCUUCUGGUGCUGCUAGAAGCAGCAACAGGAUUAGAAGGCCCUGGGGUGUAUAUGGGGGCCCCCCUACCGGGGGCCCCCAGGGUACUAGGGGGCCCCCCUUUGUCUGUUGAGGAUCUCCUCAAGGUGCUGCGCCUCCUCGUUGGAUAUACUAACCCUUUAGAAGGUCUUCAGGGGGCCCCCAGGGGGGCCCCCUUGGUAGCUACUGCGUCGGCAUGCUCCGCAACAGCAGAGCAUAAACAAGCAGCUACAACAGCAGCAGGUGCACCAGCAGCAGCAGAAGCAGCAGCAGCAGAAGCAGCAGCAGCAGAAGCAGCAGCAGCAGCACGUUACAAGGAGCGCGUUGGGGUUUGCUUCUUGCUGCUGCUGGAUCGCCUGGGGCUGCUGCUGCAGACAGACUUUGAUGUCUGUGGGGAGGAGGGGGUGGCGGGCCUCUGCAGCACAUUAAACAAAAUGAAGAAAAAAUACAACGCAAAAAGGAGACGCCAAAUCGAUCUAGCAGCAGCAGCAGCAACAGCAGCAGCAGCAGCAACAGCAGCAGCAGCAGCAGCUACAGCAGCAGAAGCAGCAGCAACCAGUGCGGGAAAUACAUCUGCAGCGUCCGAGCUCUCUUCCUCUGCAGCACCAGCUCCAUCACCAGCUGCAGCAGCAGGUCCCCUGCUGCGUCCUUUUCACGAGGUGCUGGACAUAUGGAGGCGUCCUCUGGGCUCUGCUCUUCUUGCUGAGUUGCCUUUGUUAAUUCAUUCAUAUAAAUACUUCUCUCUAAUUGAUAUUGCCGAAUUCCUAUGGGAGUGGGGCCCCCAAGGGGGCCCCCAAGGGGCCCCCUCCCUCCCCAGCCCCUUCUACCCCCAUCCGCUUCUCAAAAGUACGGGUACAAGGCUGGGGAGGGGCCCCCUGGGGGCCCCUUUGGGGGCCCCUUCGGGGGCCGCUGUGGGGGCCCCUUUGGGGGUGGCCUCGGGGGCCCCUUUGGGGGCCGCUGUGGGGGCCGCUGUGGGGGCCCCUCUGGAGGCCUCUUCAGGGGCCCUUUCAGGGGCCCCAGUGGGGGGCCCUUUGGAGGCCCCUUUGGGGGCCCCUGAUCGAAGCAAUGUUGGGGGCCUCUUUGGAGCUGUGGUUGGGGAAGAGAGCGUUGAGGAGAGACAGGAAGGAGACAUCAGAGAGAAGGAGACAGCUGCUGCUGUUGCUGCUGCUGUUGUAGACCUGCAAGAAAGAGUUGCGGGGGAGACUUGGAAGCUGAUUGGCGAUCGUCUGCCCCAGCGUCGCGAGCACAAAGGCAUUCAGGUAGCCCCUUAUCGUCUUUUCGUUAGGCUUGCUGCAUAUCUACAGCAUCCGAGUUUCUAUAGAAGGGCCCCCCCUCUUACUUCUCUAAGGGGGCCCCUGGGGGCCCCCAGUGGAGGGGCCCCCAGAGAAGGGGCCCCCAGAGGAGGGGGCCCCAAGGGAGGGGCCCCCUGGGGGCCCCCCUUGGGGGAUUCUGAGGGGGCCCCCAGCGAGGCGACUGCUGCGGGUAUUAAGAGGGCCCCUGAAGGUGCAGCAGCAGAGCAUGCAGGAAGAAGUAGGAGGGGGGCCCCCCUUGUUGGGGGCCCCUCAAUGGGGGCCCCUCGUGUGGGGCCCCUUGUGGGGCCCCAAAGGGGGCCCCCAAGCCGUAUGGGUCGGCGACGGCUUCCACUUUUGUUUGAAGUUAGCAGCCCUGAACUUUGCUGCCAGGUUGUUGCGUCUGCAUGCGCUUUGGGGCUUCCUCUGCUGCACUUAUAUCGUUUAGUUGUUUUAAGGGCAGCUAAAGAGAAAGGGUUUUUUCACUUGGAGCACCUUAUUUCUCUCGCUAAGGAUUUGUUGAGUGUGGGGUUUGGGGCUGAUGCGCUGCUGCAGCAGCUGCAGCAGCAGCUGCAGCAGCAGUUGCACCAGCUCCCUCUUUGCUCUCCUGCAGCAGUUGCUAACCUCGGCCUCGUUCUUGGGGCCGGGCCCUAUAACGACUCAGCAGCAAUAAGGGCCCUCAUAGAAACCCUAACUAGCAGAUAUGCCCUGCUGCCGUCUGCGUACUAUGAGCCUCUAGACGCGGAGUGGUCUCGCUUGGUAGCAGCAGCAGAGAAGCAGCUGCUGCUGCCUGCAGCAGCAGCAGAGAAACAGCUGCUGCCGCCUGCAGCAGCAGCAGCACCCCCAACAGCAGCAGCACAAGCUCUCCUUGCUCCGCAGGAGACAGACGACACUGUGGCUUACGAAGAGGCAGCAGCAGUGAUGCAGCAAACUGCUGCUGCAUCAGCAGCAGCCUGCGUGCAGCUGGUAGCUUCGCACCUACAACAGCAGCAGCAGCAGCAGCAGCAGCAGCAGCAGCAACAGCAGCAGCAGCAGCAGCAGCCAUUGGUGUGGUUGUCUUGUGGGUCGCUGCCGUUUACUCCUAUGCCCGAGUUGCUGCUGCUGCUUGUGGGGCUCGUGCGGCUGCGCUGCAGCAGCAGCAGGCUACUGGAGUCGCUUAGCAGCAUCCUCAGCAGCAGCAGCAGCAGCAGCAGCAGGAGCAUCACGCAGCAGAUCGAAGCCAGCCAUCUCCCCACCCUUUUAGUUUGUCUCUGCAACGCCUGCUGGCUGUCGCUGCCCCCCUUAGAGAAUCUAUGCGCAGCAGUAGGCAAUCUCCUUCCUAAGCUUCUCCCUCACAUCUCGGAUGCUGAGCUUCCUCCUUUGUUGUGGGGCUACGUAUCUCUGCUGCACUCGCGGUAUUUGCUGGCAGCAGCAGCAGCAGCAGCAGCACCAGAAGCAGCAGCAGUAACACCAGGAACAACAGCUGCAGCAGCAGCAGCAGAUGAGCCUGCUGCUGCUGCUGCUGCUGCUGGUUCUGCUGCUGCUGCUGCUGGUGGUAUUUCGUUGCCUCCGGCUUUGCUUGAGGCGCUGCUUCGAUUUGUAGGGAGCGCCCGGGCCUUAGAGAGUCCCCAUCACCAUUUGCUGCAGGUAAUAUCUACGGGUCUCCGUUUGUCUUCAUUGCUGUCUCCUUCUGUGCAGCAAUCUGCUGCUGUCUUUUGUUUUAAUAACUUCAUUGAGGCCCUCCCUCUACCUAAAGAUGCAGCUGUGGGGUUAGGGGGUCUCCCGCUGCAGGAGCAUAUGCUGCAGCAGAUGCAGCAGCAGCAACAGCAGCAGCAGCAGCAGCAGCAGCAGCAGAGCCAGCUGCUCUUUGACUAUAAUGUUUAUUCUAAAGACAGGAACCCCCCUCCCUUUCUUAAUGACACUAUAGAAAAGAAAUGGGGCCCUACAAACGCAUGCAAAGUCAAUGAAUAUAUUAGCAAACUGCAACAUACAUUUGAGAACCAACAAGUGCGUUGCAUGCGCUCACUGCCUUUCUUUCCUUUUACUAUUGACUUAGCGCUGCCGCCGCUGCAGCAAAAGGGGCCCUUGGGGGUCUCAGCCCACAGUUGGGUACUGCCGGACUUAGGGUUUGUGAAGGAGACAGAAGAAGAGCAGCAAGAGAGGGAGAUGCAGCAGCAGCAGCUCAUACAAGCAGCAGCUGCUGCUGCAGCGACCUCCCUUGCAAACCCCCAGCAGCAACAGAAACAACAGCAACAGCUGCUGCUGAUCCAGCACCAAGUGCGGCAGAAACAGCUGCGGCAACAAGAACAACAGCAACAACAGCAGCAGCAGCAGCAACAGCUGACGCAGCCUCCAGGCAGCAGAGGGAUAGCUUUGUUUCUCGUACCGAGUAUAGAGCACAUGUUCAUAACAAACAUUGAGGGGGGCCCCUCUGUCUCUUCCUUGGGGGCCCCCACUGUCUCCUCUUGGGGGGCCCCCCCUUGUAAGGGGCCCCUUAUAGGGGGGCCCCCUAAAGAGGGGCCCCUUAUAGGGGGGCCCCUUAAAGGGGGGCCCCUUAAAGAGGGGCCCCUUAAAGGGGGGGCCCUUAAAGGGGGGCCCCUGCUGCAUGCAACUGAUCUGCAUGGGGUAGAGGUCUUCUUUGAGGGGCCCCGGGGGCCCCAGUUGCUGCUGCAGCUGCCCGCAUACGAGCGGUGGAGGUGA